AUGAUUUUCGAGGACUGCCAGAAGAAUAGAAAGCUGGGCCACACACUCAUCGGAUUCAACGAGUCACAGGAUGAACACAAGAAUACCGUCUGCCCGACGCAUCCGGAAUCGCCGGAUCGGAUUCAGAAGAUCAAGGAGGCGUUGAAACAGACAAAAGUGCUGGAAAAGUGUCACGUUCUCACAAAAGGAGAGGUGAAGGAGUUGGUGGCGUCGGAGAAGAAGACACAAGAAGAGAUCAAUUCGCAGUGUGAAAAUUAUGAUUCUGUUUUCAUGACAGAGAACUCGAUGAAAGUGGCGAAAGAUGGUGUAGCCUGUGUUCGAGACCUGACAAAUAGAAUCAUGGCGAAUGAGGCAUCGAACGGAUUUGCAGUGAUUCGACCGCCAGGACAUCAUGCGGAUUCUGCGUCGCCAUGUGGAUUUUGUCUAUUCAAUAAUGUUGCCCAGGCCGCUGAAGAAGCCUUCUUUUCUGGAGCUGAACGAAUUCUAAUUGUUGAUUUAGACGUACAUCAUGGGCAGGGCACACAGAGGAUUUUCUAUGAAGAUAAACGCGUAUUCUACUUCUCCAUCCAUCGUCACGAACAUGGUCUCUUCUGGCCGCAUCUCCCAGAAUCCGACUUCGAUCACAUUGGUGCGGGUCUAGGCGUUGGCUACAAUGCAAAUGUGCCUUUAAACGAAACUGGAUGCACCGAUUCGGACUAUCUCUCAAUUUUAUUCCAUGUUCUAAUGCCACUUGCCACUCAAUUCGAUCCUCAUUUUGUUAUCAUUUCCGCUGGUUUCGAUUCCCUCCGAGGGGAUCCGAUUGGUGGAAUGCAACUGACUCCGGAUGGAUACUCUCAUUUUCUCUAUCACCUAAAAUCACUGGCUCAGGGGAGGAUGCUAGUUGUAUUGGAGGGUGGUUAUAACCAUCAGAUGUCAGCUGUGGCAGCUCAGAAGUGUGUGAGGGUGCUGCUAGGCCACGCCCCAUUUCCGGCGCAGGUGAAGGAUCCUCCUAAAGAGAGCACUGUAACAUCAUGUGUGAACCUUGUCACCUGCCUACGGAACUAUUGGAAUUGCUUCGACUACUUCCCAUCGAGGACAUCUUUAAGACUGGCUCAAUGGCCUAUUAUCAAUUCAAAAGUGGAAUUCAAAUACGACCCUAAUAACCGCCCCGCUGACACUGGAGAAAUCGUUCAAACAGAUUUGAUCACUUCAAAUUUUAUGGCUUCCGACUCUUUGCCAGCCGGUGAAAUGGAGACGUUCAUCUAUUUCAACGAAGGCGAUGAAGCGCAUUUCGAUUUGGAAGAGGAUAAUCAUCCGGAGAAGCCAGCGAGAACUAGAAGGAUUCUGAAGACGUUGCAAGAGUCUGGGGUACUGGACAAGUGUAUAGAGAGGAACACAGAGAGAAUUGCGACGGACGAUGAGAUUCGAAUGGUUCAUACGAAGAAGAUGUUGGAUCAUUUGAAGCAAACGGAGACGAUGAAGGAUGAAGAAUUGAUGGAAGAAGCGGAGAAUGAGUUCAAUAGUAUUUAUUUGACAAGAGAUUCGCUGAAAGUGGCUAGGAAGGCAGUUGGAGCGUGUUUACAGUUGUCGUGGUGGGACCUUCUUUUUUCCACAGAUUUGAUUUUUAAUACCAAUAUUCCAGAUAGAGUAGCCAUUCAAAAUAAAAACUUUAAUAUCUACAGUAAUCCCCUCUCCCCCAACAAAAAUCGCUUUUUGAAAAAAAGUAUUUUCCAGUCCAUUGACGAAAUCUACAAAAAGCCAGCCGGCCAACGAAACGCGCUCGUCAUCGUCCGUCCUCCAGGCCAUCAUGCGUCCGCUUCGAAAUCCAGUGGAUUCUGUAUUUUCAAUAAUGUAGCAGUGGCGGCGAAGUAUGCUCAACGACAUCAUCGAGCGAAACGAGUGUUGAUUCUCGACUGGGAUGUUCAUCAUGGCAAUGGGACACAGGAGAUUUUCUAUGAGGAUCCAAGUGUAAUGUACAUGUCGAUUCAUCGUCACGAUAAGGGCAACUUCUACCCCAUCGGCGAGCCCAAAGAUUACUUCGACGUUGGAGAGAGUGCUGGAGAAGGCACUUCAGUCAACGUGCCGUUCAGCGGAGCACCAAUGGGAGAUCUCGAAUAUCAAAUGGCAUUCCAACGAGUGAUAAUGCCAAUUGCCUAUCAGUUCAACCCCGAUUUAGUUAUUAUUUCCGCUGGCUUUGAUGCAGCAAUAGACGAUCCAUUGGGAGAAUACAAAGUCACUCCUGAAACCUUCGCCUGGAUGACUUAUCAACUCUCUUCUCUUGCCGCUGGACGUAUUAUCACCGUACUCGAAGGUGGCUACAACCUAACAUCCAUCUCAAACAGUGCUCUCGCCGUCUGUGAAGUUCUUCAGAAUCGAGCGAUGCUUCGUCGGCUAAAAAAUGAAAAAGAGCAAUUCGGAAAGCCCCAUGAUAUCCAAUCGUCGUGUAUUAAAACCCUUCGAGAAGUUUGCGCGGUUCAGCAGAACCAUUGGAGUAUUCUGAAAGGUUUCCAGGUCCUUCCCUCGACUCUCGGCCUAUUUGAUCUAAACGAAGACACCGAAAUGAGCGAUCAAUCGUCGUCUGGCUCAUCAUCGACUCGUGCUCCAUCUCAUCAGGAUUUGGAAGUGAUGAGCAUGGGAGCCGCCCACGCCGUCGUUCCUCUCUCCGAAUGUCCACAUCUUCAUCAAGUUGAACCACUUCCGCCGACUGGAAUCAAUGCGGCGAGCACGUGCACAGAAUGUACGAUUGGAGCCGAAGUUUGGACAUGUCUCACUUGUUAUAAAUACAACUGCGGCCGUUUCGUCAACGAGCACGCCCUAAUGCAUCAUCUGAAUUCCUCCCAUCCGAUGGCUCUCUCCAUGGCCGAUCUCUCCGUUUGGUGCUAUCCGUGUGAAGCCUACGUUCAUAAUCCAGUCCUCAUUCCCGCCAAAUCCGCAGCUCAUCAGAGCAAAUUUGGCGAGCAAAUGCCAUCCUAA